AGGGAUGAGGGUGACGAGCGGUGAGUGUUAGAGCCAGACCCCGAGCUGCCUGAAGGGUGUGGACUCAUUCUGAGGCUCCAGGGACGUCAUUGCCAUAUGUUCCCUUUGGAAGGUCCCACUGGAUGACAUGGAGGUGGAUAAGGAGUGGUUGGAAUGGGAGCCAGAGGUGAGGGACAAGGACUUCUGUGACCCAAGUCAGGAGAAAGGGACAUGGGACGAAGGUGGCAUUGAAGGUACUUGGUAACUGGAUGCAGGGGUCAGGGAGGAGGAGGAGUGAAGGAUGACUCCAACCUCUGAUUGAGCAACCUGGGCUGAGGAACGCCCAAAGGAAGGAGAACAGCGGGAGAACAGGGGACAAAGAACCGGCUUCAUUCCUGGGGGAUGGAACAGAAUGUGGGGGGGGCCGUUCUGCAUCCCCGGGAAGGGAGUGCGAAUGGGGAGAAAAGAGCAACCCACAGGGGGACGAGUGUGGGAAGUGGGAAUAGAGAAAGGAACUUCUGGCUGAGGGGUGUUGGGUAAGUCCCUUAACCUCUCCUGUGCCAGUGCCAACACCUGUGACUUGGGAGAUCAUUGUACCUUGUGAGACUGAGGUGCUGAUGGACGCAUGUUAUGGAAUUUUCCCACCGGUAGCUGUGUGGUCACCACAACGUCUGAUGCUUGGCCCAGCUGCCCAUUGUGUAGCCCUAAGAACACUUCAUUUUGUGUCUCACGGUGAAUGACUGAGGAGUGUCCAGGGGUUGGAGAGAGACUCUGAGGAGGAGGCUGCCCAAUGAAGCUGUGGACAACUGCUGUAAAAUAUAAUUCGGACCAAGACCCCAUACCUGGAGACAUGAUUGAAAUUGAUCGAUAUUUCUAUAAGCAUUGGGCCAUCUACGUGGGAGAUGGUUGUGUGGUCCAUGUGACCACUACAGGAUCUGGCUCUUUCAGCAACAAUAACCAUACAGUGGCCAAGGUGAAAUGUGAACCUUUGAAGGAUGUGGUGAGGAACAACGAUUACACAGUUAACAACUACUUGGACAACAAGUAUAGACCACGGCCAAUAGAUGAAAUUGUAAAUUCGGCAAAGCAGAAAAUUGGUGAAAACUGGCAUUACAACGUUUUAAUGUCAAACUGUGAGCACUUUGCUACUACAGUGAGAUAUGGCUGCUCACACAGCAAACAGGGCGCAAAUGCAAUGCGAACUAUGACAUUUUCUGUGGCCGUCCCAAUUGUCCUUUUAAUCUGAUGAUAAUAGUCACCAAAAGUAACAACAGCUUGAAGAAGCCAAUAAAAAUUCUGAAGUUAGAGGCUGCUUUGCGGGCCAGCUGUUCCUCUCUGUGCCUGAUUCCCUCUCUCACUGGCCUUUGGAAGGACCAACUGUAACAAGACUGUGAGCUUCUUGAAGAAUCAAAUGAAUGAAUCCAGUGACCCCUCUCUUCCCUAUUUCCACUGCUUGAUGGUAGACUCCAGAAUCUUUGGAAAGGAAGCAACUACAAGUAAUUGUAUAAUGCUAUAAAGAGCUCCUAAAGUUCGA